AUGAGACCUUUAACAGAGGAAGAGACCAAGGUGGUUUUUGAGAAGCUUGCAAACUAUAUUGGAAGAAACAUCUCUUUUUUAGUGGAUAAUCCAACUGCUCCUCAUGUGUUCAGACUUCAAAAAGACAGAGUCUACUAUGUAUCUGAACAAAUAGCUAACUUUGCUACAUCCGUUUCGAGAAAGCAGCUUAUGUCUCUCGGAGUGUGUUUCGGAAAGUUCACAAAGACUGGAAAGUUUAAGUUACAUAUCACCAGUUUAUCAUAUUUGGCCCAAUAUGCCAAGUACAAAGUGUGGAUAAAACCCAAUGGUGAAAUGCCAUUUUUAUAUGGAAACCAUAUCUUGAAGGCUCACAUAGGAAGAAUGUCCGAAGACAUACCAGAACAUGCUGGAGUAGUUGUAUUUUCGAUGCACGACAUUCCUUUAGGUUUUGGGGUUAGUGCUAAAUCAACUGCUGAAACCAGAAACUUGGUGCCUACUGGAAUUGUUGCAUUCAGACAAUCUGAUAUUGGAGAGUACUUAAGAGAAGAGGACACAUUAUUUACAUAG